ACACUGCGAUCGCGAAGUUUAUGCGCGGUAGAACAAUCGUAGCCGAUUUCGCCGAUUUCGACGAUUCGCCAUAAUGGUAGACUGACGAUGUUUUUGCGCGACGGCGACGGAUGGAUUAUGGCGAUUUUGAAGUGGAUUUUCGCCAAAAUGGCUGACGUUUGCUGAAUUUAGUUUAUAUAGGACUUUGUGGAGUGUUUCGUUUGUUUUUUUCUUGGACUAAAGACUAUUUUGAAAGAGGGUCCGUAGUACCACCGCCGCCCAUCACUAGGAAGGCAUCAGUACGACGUACCUCUAGCUCCCAACCCUCGACAGACCACAUGGAGACCUACCCAAGCAGCCAACGAACGUAUAUGAUCGGCAACCGUUUCACCAAGUACCGUGGCACCUUCCCGCACAAACAGCACCGCACCUGUCGCUCGAACACCAAUAUGCUCUUAAAAAUAGAGAAUGAACUACUCCAAAGCCACAGACAACGAGAGACCACGGGAAUAAAGAAGUUAUACAAUUCAUUCUUCGUUCUAUUUUAACUUGACACAUUCAGUUUGGAGAUUAUAUCAUUCA